CGAGGGGGCGUGCCAAUAUCAGCACAAACCAAAACAUUUCAAAGAGAAUAAAUUAUGUUCCAACUAAAGCUGAAAUUUACAAAGACAACGAUGGAGUUGGAAACUAAAAAUAUUAUCAAUAAGAGCUGUGAAAAUUGUGAUCAACUUCUGCCAAAAUCAAGAUAUCUCUAGUCAUGGUUAGCGUAAUUUACACGUACAUUCCUCCGCACGUGCGACGGGCGAAAUUCAUCUUCCGGCUCUUCUUCAUCACUGCGCUGGGUCUGGUGCUUGUUUGCGCCCUGGUGAUGAAACACACCUCCAUCGGCGACCUGACAGAGGAGGAAAAAUGUCCGGCGUGCUACGGCACCAAUCUGUGUCCGGCAAUCAAGUCAGGCUCAAUCCACCUGUACCCGUUCAUCUCUUGGUUCAACGCAAAAAAUGUUUACUUUGGACACACGAGCGCUGGACAGAAGCUAACGUUUAAAAAGCUUGGGCACGACUGGGAGCUGGAGGAACUGGACGCCUACGUUUGCAGGCUAGUUGGUCAGAACAGCAAAAAUAAUUGCAGACUGAGCGAGCUAGCCUGGCGCCUCGACGACGUGCACACAGCCAUCUUCAACACCGUCUUGUCCAAUUUGUCUCUACGGAGCGGAAUUUCCUUCUGUCCAGUCGCCGACACGAAACAAAUCGAUGAUCUGGUUGAUCGGGUUGUCAAGCACUCCAAGGAAACCGCCUACAAGACCUUGCUAAUCAACGUGCUCACUAUGUUUAUUCUAAACCCUGAGCCUGUCAUCCUGCAGGCGUUUCGGGCUGAAGAUGGCUGGCCAUUUCCAAAAUAUUUGGGCUCCUGCGGGCGGGUGACGGCCCAAGAGUUCAUCGGCUCAACGCUGGCGUACUACACAAACUCCGAGUGGCGCACAAGAGCAAAGUUAGCCCUGCAGCUUUUGAAAAUAGCGCAGAGAAUGACGUUUCACGAUCCACGUUUUUCCCUCUAUAUGACUGACGUCACUCCAGAAAACCUAGCCGUCGAUUCUCACGGAAACCUGAAGGUCGUUGACCUCGGAAAUAUCAUCAUUGUCGACAAAAAUCCACCAUUGAGUGUGCGGCCCGAAGGCUGGAAGGAGAAGCACACAAGUGACAUUCUGGAAGAGUGCGAAACUUGCUUCUCAUAUUCGCAAGAGGACAUUUGUGGCCACCGAACGAGCGACCAUAAUUACUACGCAGUGUGCCAGUUUUUUGAGCACACCGCUUGGCUGAGGUACGCACCAGAGAACGUGCUGCGGGCGUAUCCUCAGCUGCCUGAGCUUUUGAGGGAGUGCGCCGAGCCGCAGCGCGAGCAGGGCCGUUACAUCGCGGUCCGCAAGCUCAUUGCCGUCCUUGCCAACGUGACUCUGGGUUGAACGAAUAAUCGAAUUUUCGUUGCCUUACAGAAAGCAACAUAUGUGGCAUGCGGCCUGAGAAGCCCUGCAAGUCGCCGUUGACACCCUUGAACUGUUUCCUAUUAUUCCGGACAGGAAACCAUUUACGAAUACCAGGACAAUGAUGUGUUCGCCAAACGAAUUUAUUGAACGUGAAUGCAUUUUCCACUAGUGAUCUCUUUCUCCUCGGGUCUUGCAGGCUGCAUGAGCCAAUUCAUUAUGACCAUUAUUUAAUUGAAAGAUUUCCUUGGAGAUAAAACUGACUAUUAAAAUCUGGAAUCAUUA